AUGUGUGGUAUUUUCGGCUACAUCAACUACCUCGUCGAAAGGGACCGCAAGUUUAUCCUUGACACUUUGCUCAAUGGACUCUCGCGUCUCGAAUACCGAGGAUACGAUUCUGCAGGUCUUGCAGUUGAUGGAGACAAGAAGAAUGAAGUCUGUGCCUUCAAAGAGGUUGGAAAAGUCGCCAAGUUGAAACAACUCAUCGAGGAAUCGAAACCUGAUCUCACGAAAUCUUUCGAGUCCCAUGCGGGUAUCUCACACACGCGCUGGGCUACGCACGGAACGCCCUCGCGCCUUAACUGCCACCCACACAGAUCUGACCCCAACUGGGAAUUCUCUGUUGUCCACAACGGUAUCAUUACAAACUACAAGGAGCUGAAGGCCCUUCUGGAAAGCAAAGGAUUCCGAUUCGAGACUGAGACGGACACCGAAUGUAUCGCCAAGCUUACAAAGUAUCUGUACGACCAGCAGCCGGACAUUGACUUCACUGUCCUGGCCAAGGCGGUCGUCAAGGAACUCGCAGGCGCCUUUGGCCUUCUGAUCAAGUCUGUGCACUACCCCCAUGAAGUUAUUGCCGCUCGUAAGGGUUCUCCCCUCGUGAUUGGUGUGAGAACUUCCAGAAAGAUGAAAGUGGAUUUCGUGGAUGUGGAAUACUCUGAGGAUGUCGCUCUUCCUGCCGAGCAGGCUUCUCAGAACGCCGCCAUCAAGAACUCUGCCACAGGACUUCUUGCCCCUCCUGACAAGUCUCUUCUUCACCGGUCCCAGUCUCGUGCGUUCCUGUCUGACGACGGAAUCCCUCAGCCGGCUGAGUUUUUCUUGUCAUCUGACCCUUCCGCUAUCAUUGAGCACACUAAGAAGGUUCUGUACCUUGAAGAUGAUGAUAUUGCUCACAUCCACGAGGGCCAGCUCAAUAUUCAUCGUUUGACCAAGGAUGAUGGCACAUCUAACGUCCGUGCUAUUCAAACCAUUGAACUUGAACUGCAAGAAAUCAUGAAGGGCAAGUUUGACCAUUUUAUGCAGAAGGAAAUCUUCGAACAGCCUGAGUCCGUGGUGAACACAAUGAGAGGUCGCCUAGAUGUCGCUAACAAGCAAGUCACAUUGGGAGGGCUUCGGCAAUACAUUUCGACCAUUCGCCGUUGCAGGAGAAUCAUAUUUAUUGCCUGCGGUACUAGCUACCAUUCGUGCAUGGCAGUUCGCGGAGUGUUUGAAGAGCUCACAGAGAUCCCCAUUGCCGUUGAACUCGCUUCCGACUUCUUGGACAGACAGGCACCCGUCUUCCGUGAUGACACAUGCGUGUUCGUUUCUCAAUCCGGUGAGACUGCAGAUUCACUCAUGGCACUUCGUUACUGUCUUGAACGCGGAGCUUUGACCGUUGGUAUCGUCAACGUUGUUGGAUCCUCAAUCUCUCUUCUUACCCACUGUGGUGUUCAUAUCAACGCUGGUCCGGAAAUUGGAGUGGCCUCCACUAAGGCAUACACGUCCCAGUUUGUUGCUAUGGUCAUGUUCGCUCUUUCUCUAAGCGAAGACCGAGCCUCGAAGCAAAAGAGACGGGAGGAGAUCAUGGAAGGUCUCUCGAAAAUCUCUGAUCAGUUUAGAGAAAUCUUGAAGCUCAACGAGCCUAUCAAGCAAAUGUGCGAGCGCUUCUUCAAAAACCAGAAGAGUCUCCUGCUGCUGGGUAGGGGCGGCCAAUUUCCGACUGCUCUUGAAGGUGCGCUCAAGAUCAAAGAGAUCUCCUACCUGCACUGCGAAGCCGUCAUGUCUGGGGAACUAAAGCACGGUGUUCUCGCUCUCGUUGACGAGAACUUGCCUAUCAUCAUGAUUUUGACCCGAGAUGGUCUCUUCACCAAGUCUCUGAAUGCCUAUCAGCAAGUCAUCGCUCGAAGCGGCCGCCCGAUCGUGAUUUGCAACAAGGAUGACCCUGAAUUCUCCUCUGCUCAGACCGAGAAAAUCGAGGUGCCAAAGACUGUCGAUUGCCUUCAAGGACUUCUCAACGUUAUUCCUCUCCAGUUGAUUUCCUACUGGCUCGCUGUAGGAGAGGGCCUGAACGUUGAUUUCCCACGGAACCUCGCAAAGUCUGUUACCGUUGAGUAA